AUGGCCUCACGCAUCCUCGGCACCCGCGAGAUCCCAUCGGAAUACUGGGACGCCGCACAACUAGUCGGGCGCACACCGUUCAUGGCCUCGAUGUUUGACGUGCGCGCUCAUGCAUCUUAUUGCAUGUACGUCCCCACACAGCACUACGCGCUCCCUAGGGGAGAAGACGCAAGCUACGGGAAAAUGCCCCUGAUCGUGACGGUGCACGGCAGCGGCCGACGAGCAGAGCGAGCGCGCGAGGCCCUGGUAGAACUUGCAGACCGCACAGGCGCGGCGGUGCUGGCGCCGUUGUUUCCAGCGGGCGUGGGCGGUGAUCCGAAUGAUUCGCAUAACUACAAGGGGCUCGCGUACGGCGGGAUCCGUUACGAUUUGGUGCUGUUGGCGAUGCUGGAUGAGGUGUCGUCGCGAUGGCCCGGGGUGGACAUUGAAAAGAUUUUUCUAGUCGGCUUCUCCGGCGGCGGGCAGUUCGUACUCAGGUUCUUCUAUCUGCAUCCGGAGCGGGUGGCAGCGUUGAGCGUUGGGGCACCGGGCGUGGUUACGCAGCUGAAUGAUGGGCUGGCGUGGCCGAAGGGGAUCCAAGGGGUCGAAGAAGUUUUCGGUGGGCUGAAGGUGAAUCUCAGUGCGUUGAGGGCUGUUGAGCACGUGCAGUUGAUUGUAGGUGGAAAUGAUAUAGAGGAGGUUGGAGGCGGGCUUUUGCGAUGGUGGAGAGAAAAGAGUGGAGGAUCUGAUGCAGUUUCUAGGGCUCUGGGGCCGUCGAAGCUGCCUAAUCGAAAAGAUGCAUUGGAAAGCCUUCAUCGAGAGUUUCAAGAGGCAGGAAUCCAUUCUUCUUUUGUGGUUGUUGAUGGUGCUGGACAUGAACACAUGAAGGUGAUUCCAAAGGUCAUAGAAGUCCUAGAGCCGCUGUUGAGGCCGCGGGUUUAG